AACAGUUUGAUCCCCUCCCACUCUACCAUCUUCUACUUCCAUUCGGUUUGGCCAACCAAGAAACCAGAAUAACCGACGCCUAUUCCCGGCAAACAUCUGUCAUAUUGCUCUGAGCAAACGGAAAAGUAAAAUUACUGGUUGUGUUGUAUGCGGGCCCUCAUCCCAACGAAAAGUAAGUCUUUCAGACCGGAGUAAGUGCUACAAGGGGAAGCAUUACAUUUCCCUCGAAAAUGCAGAGAAUUGGUGGAGAUCGAGAGGCCGGAUAAUAAUAUUCAAAGCACACUGCAGCCCAUUUUCAUCAACAUAUUGGAUUCUCUCCGGUGGCGUCUUCGGUAUAGAGCACAAGUGAUUAUUCUACAGGGGACAUACAGAACUCUUCAAUAUUCCAGUGACGGUAGGAGUUUCCACCUUUUCACACCGCGGUGAACAGGCCUACCUGUGUGAAAGAUCAGAAGAAUGUUGACCUGGCUCAGGGAGCUCAGUGACUGGGUCUGGCAGGACCGGCUGUGGUUCCCUCCGGGCCUGGGUUGGGCCGACCUCAAGGACCGGGAUGGCCUAGUCUUCGCUAAAGGAAGUGAUCUCUGGGUCAUCUUCCCUAUUGCAAUAUGCUUCCUGAUUAUCCGACAGAUAUUUGAGAGGACCGUGUCCGUUAAACUCGCCUCUUUACUUCGAGUGAGGGAGAAACCUCGUGUCAGAGCUGCUUCCAACACCACACUGGAAUUGUAUUUCUGCAAUGCAUCGAAGUUCCCCUCACAGAGUUCAGUGGAGGAGUUAACUAAACAGUCAGGUUGCUCGGUGCGGCAGGUCCAGAGGUGGUUCCGGCGGCGGAGGAACCAGGAACUGCCCAGCCAGAUCAAGAAGUUCCGGGAAGCAAGUUGGAGAUUUACCUUUUACCUUCUUGCUUUCAUUGCUGGCCUGGGUGCCCUAAUUGAUAAACCAUGGUUCUAUGACAUGGAGGAGAUGUGGAAUGGCUUCCCCACGCUGCCACUGCUGCCUUCUCAGUACUGGUACUACAUGAUUGAGCUGGGAUUCUACAUAUCGCUGCUCUUCAGUGUGGCAACGGAUGUCAAGCGUAAAGAUUUUAAGGAGCAGAUUGUUCACCAUGUGGCCACUAUUCUGCUGAUCAGUUUCUCGUGGUUGGUCAACUACAUCCGUGCCGGGACUUUGAUCAUGCUGGUGCACGAUGCCUCAGACUACCUACUGGAGUCAGCAAAGAUGUUCAACUAUGCAGGAUGGAGAAAGACCUGCAACUACAUCUUCAUUCUGUUUGCAGCUGUGUUCAUCCUUACACGCCUCGUCAUACUCCCUUUCUGGAUCAUACAUACUACGUGGGUGUACCCAUUGACCAUCUAUCCCCCUUUCUUUGGGUUCUACUUCUUCAACGGGUUGUUGUUUGUGCUGCAGUGUCUGCAUGUCUUCUGGGCUGUCCUCAUCCUGCGCAUGGCCAUCAAGUUCCUGCCUGGAAACGAUAUCGUUGAAGAUGAGAGGAGCGACAGGGAGGAGACUGAUUCAGACGAGGCGGAAGAAGACCAUGAGAAAACGAAAAAUGGCUUUGUACAGAAUGGCAAUGGCCACACAGCGCUUAACAACAACCACCACCACAGCAAAACGAAUUGAUUUGUUACRGAGACACCAAGGAGGAUAUGUCUGCAAUGGUGGCCUAGUCCAAGAGGCCACAGUAAGGCAGAAUUGCUGGUGGAAAGGCCACAAACACACACACACACACCGCUGAAUAAUAUAUACACAAAUAAUGCUAAAGAUCACACGGACACACUCCUUACAUGGGCCGGAUGGGUUUCACUGCUCUGUAGAUCACACUAGUUGGAGGGAGAGGAUGGGGAGUACAGGAAAGACGGCAAUAGAGCCAAACGCUUGGUAAAACUGUGCCUUAGCAACAAACUGUUAUUCCCCAUUUUUAUUUCUAUCCAUCCCUCUAGUCCUUAUAUUGCUAAUCAUUCAAAUAAGGUGCCUAGCCCUACUCGCGGCUUCCCAUCCUGCGUUAUGGAUAGCGCAAUUACUAAUUGUUGUUCACGGGGCAUUCCUUUCCUGCAUGCUUUGGUUAACGCUCGGAGUAUUGCUAGACUGUUCAAACGUUCAAACGUUGCCGUCUCAGUACGCUGACUCCCGUCCCAAAUAAUAAGCGCGCCACCACUUAACACUGCCAAGAGAGAUGAGGUUCUCUUAAUGACCACAGCUUGGUGCAGGUCUGUGUAAGUGUUCAAAUCACCAUGUCAGACCACUAAAGCAUACAGUAGUGAUAACGGAAAAUKUAUCGUUUUUUUUUGCACCUGCCAUUUUGUUAUUGGAGUGGAGCAGUCGCUACAAUUAUUGCCAUGGCAUUCCUAUUCAACCUGGAAUGUGCUAGUGUUGUUAAUGUCCUUGGUUUAA